CUCCUCGCGCUCUUUACGUCGGUACCCAGGGAGUAGGCGUUUCCGGCCAUUCAUACUCCUAGGCUCUUUUUGGACUUGGGUGGUCGGGUUUUGUGCACUAUCGGACCGAAAGAGUCCCAGCACCGCUAGGAUGAAGCUCGUAAGGUUUUUGAUGAAAUUGAGUCAUGAAACUGUAACCAUUGAAUUAAAGAAUGGAACACAGGUCCAUGGAACAAUCACAGGUGUAGAUGUCAGCAUGAAUACACAUCUUAAAGCUGUGAAAAUGACUUUGAAGAAUAGAGAACCAGUACAACUGGAAACGCUGAGUAUUCGAGGAAAUAACAUUCGGUAUUUUAUUCUGCCAGACAGCUUACCUCUGGAUACACUACUUGUGGAUGUUGAACCGAAGGUGAAAUCUAAGAAAAGGGAAGCUGUUGCAGGAAGAGGCCGCGGCCGAGGAAGAGGAAGAGGACGUGGUCGGGGUAGAGGAAGAGGGGGUCCUAGGCGAUAAUGUCUCUCAAGAUUACUGUUUCAGAGUGAUACGUGAUUUGGAAUAUUUUUUGUACAGGUUUUGUUUGUUUAUGUCAGUUUUUAAUAAACAUAAAUGUAGGACACAGUUGUCUAUUGACUGUCACAUUUUAAUAGUUUAUAUAGAUUCGUGAUAUUUACAUAGUGGGAGCUAAGCAUUACUAUUAGGCAAUCCCAGACUAAUUUCAUUCUUAAAUCAGGCUUUUAAAUUUUGAACUAAAAUUUUUGUAUGAAUGUAUGUAGAAUAUAUACCUAUUUCACAUGCACUGAAUAUGUAUUUUAUUGUUUUACUUUCACUCCAUUCUGUGGAACCUGCCUACAAGUGAAAUAAUAAGUUCUUUUCGGUACUUCAGAAAUUAACGUCCUCUGGUUUGGGUCUAAAAUUGAUUCCCUUUUCCUGAGUUUUACUUUACUUUAUGGAGACUUGCAUACUUAGUAAAAGAUGAUAGUCCUCUUCCAAUUCAGUGGUCUUAGAUUUUAUUGUCCCCAUUAAUGGAUUUUUGUUGUAAUAGUCUCAAUAGAAUAUAGUUUUACCUUUUCUUGAGUUGAAAGUGCAGAUAACCCUCACUGGAGCUGCUGGAACUCGGGAUGCCAGGUGUACCUGUUGAUGGCUCCUUUAUCAAGUACUUUUACAAGUCCUUUAAGAACAAAAUGAAAGAAACCUACUUUGACAACAAAAUUGAAUUUUUUCCAGUUGCAGUUGGUUUAGCUUAGAGAAAAAUCCUGACAGUAUAUGUGGUUCCUUGAGAGGUUCCUACCAUUUGUUCACAUGCUAAGGGAGAAAACCUGAGAGCUGGGGUGGAGUGGGGGGGAAGGCGACUAAAUCUGUAUUUACAUUUAAUCAUGCACAUGGGGUUUGGUUUUGUUUUUUAAAUGUGAAGGAAAUUUUCUGCACAGAUUGUCUAAAAAGAAGGUGUAGGCCCUUAAGAGGGCUCUGUAAAUUGAGAGAGAGAGAAGUACAUUUGUGUGUUUUGUGUGUCUCAUUCUUUUCUAUCUUGGGUCUGUGGUGCGCCUAUUACUUGAACCGGACAUGGAAGGCACGGGAGCACAUUGUUGCUGUGUGGGGGAGGGCAGAUUUUAAGGGGGCGGGCAGAGCCGAAUUUGCACAUGUGAAUAAACAGGAGUUGACUUUUCCUCUCGUGGAGCGUAUGGGCUAAAAGGGAAGCAGAAUUGAAUAAAUAU